AUGGCCGCAUCCACCAUGUCCGUCUGCUCCAGUGACCUGAGCUAUGACAGCCGGGUCUGCCUGCCCGGCUCCUGCGAUUCCUGCACCGACGCCUCCUGGCAGGUGGACGACUGCCCAGAGAGCUGCUGCGAGCCCUGCAGCGCCCCCAGCUGCUGCCAGCCCCGCGGCUGCGCCCCCGCCCCCUGCCUCACCUUCCUCUGCUCCCCAGCGGGCUGUGCGUCCAGCCCCUGCUGCCAGUCCAUCUGCGCCAGCUGCUGCACACCCUCCUGCUGCCAGCCGUCUAGCUGCCAGCCCUGCUGCUGCCCCUGCUCAGCCUGCCAGCCAUCCUGCUGCGUGCCUGUCUUCUGCAAGACUGUGUGCUGCACACCUGUGUGCUGUGAGCCCGUGUGCUGCAGACCUGUGUGCUCCCCCGUCCUCUUCCAGCCCCCCGUCCUCUUCCAGCCCCCCGUCCUCUUCCAGCCCCCGUCCUCUUCCAGUCCCCCUAUCCUCUUCCAGCCCACCAUCCUCUUCCGGCCCCCAUCCUCUUCCAGCCCCCCUAUCCUCUUCCAGCCCCCCAUCCUCUUCCAGGCCCCUCCCCCCAGGGAAGAUCCACAUCUCCACGGGCUGGGCCUCGCCAAGUUUAAGGCGGAUGAGUUGGAAGACAUGAAGCCUGAGCAGCACCUCAUCCCUGAUGGCCGUGGUCCUCCGAGUAACAGCCCCGCCGCCAUGGCCGCCUCCACCAUGUCCGUCUGCUCCGACGCCUGCACCCACGCCUCCUGGCAGGUGGACGACUGCCCAGAGAGCUGCUGCGAGCCCUGCGGCGCCCCCAGCUGCUGCCAGCCCCGCGGCUGCGCCCCCGCCCCCUGCCUCACCUUCCUCUGCUCCCCAGCGGGCUGUGCGUCCAGCCCCUGCUGCCAGUCCGUCUGCGCCAGCUGCUGCACACCCUCCUGCUGCCAGCCGUCUAGCUGCCAGCCCUGCUGCUGCCUCUGCUCAGCCUGCCAGCCAUCCUGCUGCGUGCCUGUCUGCUGUAAGCCUGUGUGCUGUAAGCCCAUGUGCUGUGAGCCCGUUUGCUGCACACCUGUGUGCUGCAGACCCAUGUGCUGCAAUCCCGUGUGCUGCACACCCGUAUGCUGCAGAGCCAUGUGCUGCGAGCCCAUGUGCUGCAGACCCGUGUGCUGCAGACCCGGGUGCUGCAGACCCGUGUACUGUGAGUCCAUGUGCUGCGGGGCUUCCUCCUGCUGCUGCCAGCCGACCAGCUGCCAGCCCUGCUGCCGCCCCUGCCCGCCCUGCGCGCCGUCCUCCAGCGUGUCCCUGCUGUGCAGGCCCGUGUGCAGGCCCGCCUGCUGCGUGCCCACCUCCUCCUGCUGUGCCCCCUGCUGCCAGCCUGGCUGCUGCCGCCCGGCGGCCUCGUGCGUGUCCCUGCUGUGCCGCCCUGCCUGCUCCCGCCAGGCCUGCUGUGGCGGCUCCCCAGGCCAGUGCAGCUGCUGA